AUGUCGAAGAAGAUCCUCGUCGUAUUCACCUCCCACACCAAGCUCAUUGGUUCGGACCACCCUACCGGCUAUUACCUCCCCGAGAUUGCCCACCCUUACUACCUUCUCAAGAAGGCAGGCUACACUCUCGUCGCUGCCUCUCCCAAAGGUGGUGAAGCACCACUCGACCAAUCCUCCGUCGAAGCCUUCAAGAACGACCAAGACUCUGUCAAGUUCCUCAAAGACUCUGAAGCUCAGUCUUGGGUCUCGAACACCAAGCCUCUCUCUGAAUUCUCUUCCUCUUCCGUUUCCGAAUUCGACGCCAUCUUCUACCCUGGUGGCCACGGUCCUUGCUUUGACCUUCCCGUCGACUCCACUUCGCAAGAGCUUAUCCGUGGAUUCUACGAGGCUGGUAAGCCCACAGCUGCCGUCUGCCACGCUCCUGCGGCGUUCACUGAUGUUAAGCUGAGCGAUGGAAGCUACCUCGUUAACGGCAAGAAUGUUACUUGCUUCACUAAUGAGGAGGAGGAACAGGCUGGUUUGACCAAGGCUAUCCCUUGGUUGGUCGAGAGUAGGCUCAUUGAUAGGGGUGCAAAGUUCGACAAGACUCAGCCUUGGGGCGAGAAGGUCAUUGUUGAUAAGUCUGGUGGAAAGGUCUUGAUUUCCGGUCAGAACCCGGCUAGCGCUCUUGGUGUCGGAAAGGAGAUCCUUAAUGCUCUUAAGGCCUAA